GCGGCAUGAAUGAGAGUGGUCUUACGCAGCUACCCACCACCACCACUCCUUGGUACGUGUUUGCACAAACGAAUAAACAAACAACUUCUUUUUGUUUCUCUUCUUUGAAGUCUGGUUCUACUGCGGAAGAUCGCUAUUUAUCAGUUCGGGACGGACGGACGAACGGGACUGUCUAUUGAAAGAAAAGGUUGGGCAAUUAAAUUGGGUGUCGAAUCACAAGGACAACAUCUCCAACGCCAACUCCAACCGCCACUCACCUACGGCCUUCGAACAAACCACCCACCAACACCGCCCAAAGAUGCCCCCCCAAGGCCUCCCAAGCACACCCCGCGCAACCCGCCCCGCCCUCUCCCCCCUCCACACAACCUUCCCCUCAACCCCCGCACCACCACCCUACUCCACCCAACCCUUCAAACCCUCCGACUCCAUCUUCGCCAACGCCACCAUCCCCCUCAGCCCCGCCUCCAGCUCCGCCUCCUCUUCUUCAUCAUCACCCUACGACGGCCUCGCGCCCCGGAAGCGCAAUCCUAUCGUUCGCCUGUUCUCGUGCUUUGGGCGCGAGGAGCGGGCUAGGCGGCGGGUGGAGAGGGCGGAGGGGUUUGAGAAGGUGGGGGAGGGGGGGCAUUGGACGGAGUGCUGA